AUGGCGGCCAACUUCGAGCAGAAACAGCACUACCGCUUCCCCCUCUCGCCCCCAAGCUCAGGCAAUGUCACCGCAGUCUCGUCCCCGCGAAUCACACCGACACUGACCCACGACGCCCAAAUUGUCGACAAGCUCCUCAUCGCGUCCAAGGCUGCCCCCUCCUUCCGCCACUCCCACUCCCUCGCCUCUGCAAGGUCCGGGAAGCAGCGAGCGCUGUCAAACGCCACCGAUUCAGACGGCUACAACACAGAGAAAUCACCAUCAACCAUCUCCAUCCGGAAGCGCUCUCGGAAAGCCAUGUCCAGAGCUUUGACGCUGCCUUCUGGCUCGGCCCCUCCCUUCAAGGACCCGUUCCUCCCCUCCUCUUCAAAAUCUGCCCGCCCUUUGAUCCGAAACGCGAGUGUCUCAAGUACAGCGUCUUCCUCUUCCUCGUCCUCAUCCUCUUCGACACCCAUCGACCGGGACGAAACCGCUCCUCAUCACAUAAAUCCCGGCAUCGGACGUAAAGUCGCCGCUUCCCUCCAGUUAUUCAGGGAGACCACAGCUCCUUCAGAGGAGCAGCCUUCUGGCGAACCUUCCUCUAGUCGCGACGCCAAUGUACCUUUGGGAAGUCGAAGGGUCGAACCAUUUGAGGAUGUGGAGGAUGUACCCGAAGCUUUCGAGUUUGUCAAGCGUUCCGAAUGGCCGGAUCGCGAAACCGCCGCGGUUCGUAGAGAAAGAAGCAUGACCAUCCUGGAACGAGCGAAGACGAGGGACAACCUCCUCGAGAGUAAGGAUUUGGAACGCAAAAUGUCUUUCAAAGAAGGCCCUUCAACCUCCGACGUCGCUCAAUGGCGUAAAGACCUCCUUAUGAGCCGCGGACGACGACGCGAGCGCACCGCCGACGACUUCGCCGACGAACAUCCCGAAUCCCACUUGCCUAGCAUGAAACCAUUCCACGAAACAUCCCCUAUAUACAUCCGUCCUCACUCUCGGGCCUACCCUCCUUCACCUUCUCCCUCCCGUUCACCUGCCAGCCGUAUCCCCUUGUCCCACCGACAGUCUCAAGAAGUCAUACUACCUGAUGACCCUUCAUGUCCAGCUCCUCUGCCCAAUCUACCCCCAAUAUGCACCACUCCUCGUCAUUCUCGAUCGCCUACCCCAGUUCGUACAGCACACCACCCCGACGGAUCAUUUUCUGCCCCCAUUUCCCCUUUGGAGUCCUUUUCCCCCUGGUCAACGGACGACGAAUCCGCUUGGGAAACCGCAUCGGCUACGUCUACCGCAGCCUCCAACACUUCGGUAUAUGGUGACGACACCGACGUGGACAACCAUCCUUUUUCCUCGACUCUCUUGCACCAGCCUCCCACCUCUUUCUACGACCAAGAUGACGUACAUCACUUUCCGGCCCUGGACGAUGGUGAUGUGCUGAAUAGUGCCCCUCUGAAGAACCUGGACGAUGAAACGUUAGCUUUCGAUUUCGAUCUGCCAGAGGACCGUCUUCCACACAUCCCUUUGCGCCCUUUCCGGAAUCAAGUCGGUGGGCACAGUGCCAUUUACAAAUUCACGAAGCAAGCAGUCUGCAAGCCUCUGGUCUCGCGUGAGAAUUUGUUCUACGAGUCUGUCGAGCGAGAAGCUCCCCCUCUACUUGGCUUUAUUCCCCGAUAUCUCGGAGUUAUGUUGGUUAGCUAUCGGCGUGCACCCAAGUCCUCCAAUGCGUCCAGCAAAGCCUUACCCAGCUCUGCGACAUCCAAACCCUCUGACCGGCCGACUAUCGCCCAUGUCGCUAGUGCGGACACGCUUAAACCGUCUUCGAGGACGUCACUGGGUGGCCAGGACAUUACACCGUUCGACCCAGAGGACCAAUCUGCGACCGACAACGACGAAGCCGAGAUGCCUGAAGUGAUGCUGGACCACAAUCGGCAUAUUAUUCCGGAAUGGAUGCUUAACGGUGGACGCAACCGUUCGCUGUCGUACUCUAAUGUCAGCGGUUCCUCAUUUAUCGCACAUCGGACCUUGAGGCCUCGUCACUUGACUCGAGGGACGGCAUCAAGUCCUGACUUGGCGUCUACGGUGCCAGGCCAGGAAUUCACCAGUACACGGCAGAGUCCCUUGUCCAAUUGCAUCCCAUGCAACACCAGCGAAAUGGAUGCCCCGACCCCUGUCAAUUCUCCGAAUCAAAUCUCUCAUGCCUUUCCCAUUCGUAUGUCCGAACGCUCCCUUUCUGAAGCGCCCCUACCUGGACCUUCGGUACCAGAUGAAGAGGAGAAUAGCCAUAGACCCUCUCUUCGCGCAUUCCAUUCGGAGAGGGUAAUGCCCGGUUCGCCUUGGUUCGGCGGCAUUGGUUCGACUGUGGUAAACACCAAGCUCAAGGACCAUGUCUUCAGCACAGUGCUGCGACGAUUCCGUAAACGCCUCAGUCACCAACCAGCUGGAUAUGCCCGAACCGAGGACGAGGGUGACCUCGCCGACGGUGAAUGUAGUCAUCGUUCCCGUCCCCCUCCAUCACGUUAUCGUAGGAAGCUCUUCCGCCAUGUCAACCACGAGACUGGUGCCAUGUCGGACACAGGCGAACCGUCUAUUCGGCGGGUCCAAAGUGAUUCCAUGCUCCGCGGUUCGGACAACACAGAGGGUGAGUCGAAGGGUGCGAAUAAGCUGCUGUUCGGGAAGGACCGUGAGGUUACGAGGUCAGCGACCGACCCAGUGAAUGGCCAAUCUCAGACCCUAGCGCCAUCGCUUCGCAGGAAGAGAAGUCGUUCCGGGUCGUUGGACAGCAAGCCACUACUCCGCACUUCUUACCAGCGUUCCACUCUGCACCAACCGGUCGAGUCAGAACCUCCGGUUACCCGUCAGAAUCAUUUCAUUUUAAUGGAAGAUCUGACUGGGCGGUUGAAGCAUCCUUGCGUCAUCGAUCUGAAGAUGGGUACUCGUCAAUAUGGCAUGGACGCCACCUCGGCCAAGAAGAAGAGUCAGCGGAAGAAGUGUGAUCGUACCACGAGCAGAACUCUCGGGGUCCGGGUUUGUGGUAUGCAGGUUUGGAAUCAUGCUACGCAAAGCUAUGUAACACAGGACAAGUACAGUGGUCGAGAAGUGCGUCCGGAGGAUUUCGAUUCCGUGCUCAGGUCCUUCCUCCAUGACGGCGUGCGUUUACUGGCAUACCAGAUUCCCAUUCUGCUUCAGAAGCUGUACGCAUUGGCGCGAAUCAUUCAUCGUCUGAAGGGUUAUCGUUUCUAUGGUUGUAGUGUCCUUCUCAUCUAUGAUGGCGACCACGAAUCGCAAGAGGCCUUCCGAUCCGUCGUUCUCGAGCAUCCUUCUUCCCGAAGCAAGCGCGGAGAGUCCCUCGAGCGUCGAUCCAAUUCGCAGAGUCACGAUCGAACUCCACUAAGGCGAUCGCACAGCGAGGAUCUUCUCAUCGGUUCCGUCGCGAAGCGUUCUAGUGGUCGACGAAAGCGCGGUGAGAUCAACGUCCGCAUUGUCGACUUCGCCCAUACGACGACCGGCCGUGACUGGCUUCCGUACUCCGAGGCGACCGUCGAACGUGAUCGACCGCUCGAAGUCUACUCGAGCUCGAAAGGCUAUCAAGCCGAGGUCGAUCCCGAGACAGGCCUCCUAUAUGCGCGUUUUCCGCCUCAUUAUCCCGACCACCCGGAUCGUGGCUUCCUCUUGGGCUUGAAGAACCUCACUGCGUCCUUGGAGGGGAUAUGGAACGCUGAACGCAUUCGUCGGGUCAAGGCUGCACGAGAUGACCCUUCCGUCGCCCAACUUCCCCCUCUUUCUCUCGAAGGUAAAGACAUAUUCGACGAGAUCUUCGGUGAAGAGGAAGAUUCAGGCAUGGUUUCGACCUGA